AAAACAUUAAUUCAAUUCAUCGUUUUGGUUGAGUUGACCUUCUUCUUCAUUCGGCUUCGUGCUCACUUGUCUUGUGAAUCAUGGUGCCUCCACCAAUUGUAUUGAAAACUGUUGGAACUGUGUUGGGGGAACUACUGGCAGCAGUGAUGAAAAUAAGAGAGGAAACGGCCAUGUUGAAGCGCACCUUGGACACCCUCCAAUCCACUCUCAUGUCAUUAACUCCAGUGAUCAGAGAUAUAGAACGCCUCGACGGCGAUCUGGGGCGUUCAAAGGAGGAGCUUGAACCGCUGAAAAAGAUAAUUGAAGACGGGACGAAGCUUGUGUACGACUGUUCCAAAGUCCAAUGGUUCAACUGUGUGUCAAGGUGUCGUUACAAGGCUAAACUGAAGAUCCUUAAUGACUGGUUUCGGACGGAUUUCAACACGAUCAUGACGGCUCAUUAUGUGAGAGAUCAAAAGGAGAUCCUCAGGCUUAAAAAAUUGAACCAAGGUACAAAUUUGCUUCAUCCUCAGCCCGGGGCAUACGUUGUCACUGCGCGGGAUCUUUACAUUGCUUGGGGAGACACUGCCUUGUAUUGGACCUGGACUCCUAGUACACAUCCCAGUUUUCCAGAGGUGGCAGAACUACGUGCUGUGUGUUGGCUGGAAAUCACGGGGUGGAUAAAAACGAGUUCGUUGCCCUCAAACCAGUACGAGGCAUACUUUGUGUUUAGCAAAGGAGGCAAAGGUACCUUUGGGUUCCACAAACAGCCCGUUGAGGUGUCCCUUAAGGUUGUCGGAGAAGAAGGUGAUGGUCAGAAACAAGCGGGGUAUUUGGAAUUGGAAACACGACCGAACAGAACUUAUAAUGCAGGACUGACUCGCCCUCUCAUUUCUAAGCCUGAACCUAUGUUUGAGGUGAAACGUCGCCCAGAUGGGUUGUUGGAGGUGAAAUUGGGUGGGUUCUUCACCGGUGGUAGAGAGGACAAGGAGGUUCAGAUGGGUGUGCAUGAGAUCAAAGACCUUUGGUGGAAAGGUGGCAUUAUCGUUCAAGGAAUCGAAAUAAGACCCAAGUGAAAACAUCCAAAUUAUUAU